AUGUUGUCAGCGCUCGCAGACCCGUUGACCGCGGCAAAGACGGUGGCCAUGAUCGUGCUAGGGCUAGGAUCGUUCGGGCUGGGCGUACUGCCCAUCAAGUUGACCGAAAGAUGGGGCGGGGGCAGUAAGGAUUCGCAACCAACGCACGCUGGCCACUCACAUGCCGGGCACGCUGCUGCUGGUUCGUCCACAGUCGUUUCGCUGAUGCUGUGCUUCGGCGGCGGUGUGCUACUGUUUACCACGCUGCUGCACCUGCAGCCCGAGGUCCGGGACGCCGUGGAUAGGCUGCAACGGGCUGGGCAGCUGCCCACCGGCCACGGGGCCGAGAACCUUGGCGAUUUGAUAUUCUGCGCCGGGUUCUUCAUGGUGUUCAUUGUGGACGAGAUCGUGCAUUCAAUGCUGGACCACCGCAGCACUGCCAAUGAGACGCUGCGGCGAACAAUGAGCCUGAGGCGGCGGGCCGUGUCCAUACCACGGGCAUCGCUGGCCGGGUCUCCGGGAGCAGGUGGUUGUGGCGAAGCCGAUGGAGGAGGCAACGAGGCCACUGGGGAACGGUACCGGUCACUGGAAGACGGCGGCGGGUCUCGUGCUAAUAACAUGUCUGACGGUGAUCGCACUGAGAGCCAGCCAGAAACAGUCCACGGUGGAGGCGAAAAUUCAUUUCGCGGUCUGUUCGCAGUACUGGCGCUGUCGUUUCACGAGGUAUUCGAAGGUCUAGCCAUCGGCUUGGAGGAGCGUGUUGACCACACUUGGUACCUGUUCGCAGCCGUCGCCACGCACAAGCUCAUCAUCGCCUUUUGCAUCGGCCUGGAACUGGCCUGGUCCAAAACCCAGCGGUCCGUGCUCGUCACGUACGUCGCCACGUUCGCGGCCGUCACCCCUUUGGGAAUUGCCGCCGGUAUGGUGCUUGUGCAGAACGCCGGCGCUGGCACGGUCGACGGAACCCCCGGUCGGGUAGCGGUCGUACUGCAGGGGCUGGCUGCCGGCACGCUCCUUUACGUCGUGUUUUUUGAGGUGUUAGACAGGCACAAGCAGUCAGGAUUCCUGCACCUUUUAUCAAUCAUUUUCGGUUUCUGCGUUCUGUUUGUGCUGCAGUUUAUUAGUGAGUAUACACUUUCCACCAUCGAAAUAAUAACAUAA